AUGCCUGAUUGCGGUCCUGAUAUUGAUAAGGACAACGAUGCUAACACAUCUCCAACGUUUUGCAGUCUUUUGGAUGGCGACUUGCAGCGAAAGUCUCCGGGUUCGAAUGCACAUACAAUCAUCACAUUGGGGGAUUCUACAAAGUCUAGAGAAAGUGAUGGAUUCGACUCAAUGGAUACGAAUGUGGAUGACUCUAAACCGACAGAGAUUUUUCCUCUACAUGAUCUUGCCGUAGUGGAUGGUUAUUCAUUCUGGCUCGAAGAAGCGUACACCAACCUGUACUUCUCAAUUACGCACUUCAUGUGGCCAUUACUUGAUUGCAACGCCUGGGGUUCCUGGCGUCAUGACUGGAGUCUAAAUGAGAAGACAGAUCCAUGGAAAGGGUUCUUUGUGCAGAUGGUCUAUGCCAUUGGUUCCUUGUCAUACAACGUUCUUCAGCCCGGUCAGAACCAUUCAAAGCGGGCGGCUGAGAUGUAUUCCUCCGCGUUGGCGUACUAUCCUUAUGUUAUGGCAGAAGCGUCCGCUAUCCUUCAGAUACAAGCGUCAAUUCUCAUGAUUAUCUACUCUCUUCACUGCCCUUCUUCAGGAGAGAUCUCCAUGUCAGUUUCUUCUAUCGUUCCUUUUUGCUCAGCUACUUUGGCCGAGAUACAGAAUCGCAUUUCUUCCGGUCUAGAUAGCACCCUGGGAGAUACGAUGGGAGGGGGUGCCAAUCUUAACGAGUUAAUGUUUAUCACUUGUUAUAUGUUAAACGAAAUCAUAGUGUCUGGGUGGGAACGACCGGUUUCUGCGGCCUAUAGGAUUGUCGAUGAUGAUGUACGCAUAUCUGAGCUCCAUUAA